GGAAAGCUUUAAUGGUCUCGUGUUCAGGUUCAGUAGAAACCUUUGAUCCCUCGGUGUCCUCGCUGCUUUGUGGUGAUGCCAGGGAUGCGUGCGCCCGGCCUGGGGCCGCCGCCACCGCCGGAGGUUUAGGUUUUGAAAUGUUUUGAAGUGAGGAGAGCCAGCCUGUUCCUGAGCUGUUUGUGUGUUUAGAAGUUGCUCUGUUGGAUUGUAGUUUUUCAGAAACCAACUCUUACAUCUACACUACCUUGACUUUGUUCAUUCACUGCACCUGCAUUUCCAUCUUAGGUACAGGAAGGAAGAAUGGAAUCGGAAGGAAGAAAAUUCAUUUCAGAGACAAAAUAGCUCCCCUCCUCUGUUAUAGCUGUUUCCCUGGCAAUACAAACUUCCCGCUUCAGGUUCUGUACAUUCCAGACCGCGAGCACUGAGUCAGGAUGGGAAAAAGACGCUGCGUUCCUCCACUCGAGCCCAAGUUGGCAGCAGGCUGUUGUGGGGUCAAGAAGCCCAAGUUAUCUGGAAGUGGAACGCACACUCACGGGAACCAGUCCACCACUGUCCCCGGCUCUAGUUCAGGACCUCUUCAAAACCACCAGCAUGCGGAUGGCAGCAGUGGUCGGGAGAAUGUGUCAGACUUAACUCUGGGACCUGGAAACUCUCCCAUUACACGAAUGAAUCCCGCAUCGGGAGCUCUGAGUCCUCUUCCCCGACCCAAUGGAACUGCCAACACCACCAAGAAUCUGGUGGUGACUGCAGAGAUGUGCUGCUACUGCUUUGAUGUCCUCUACUGUCACCUCUAUGGCUUCCCUCAGCCACGACUUCCUAGAUUCACCAAUGACCCCUAUCCGCUCUUUGUGACAUGGAAGACAGGGCGGGACAAGCGGCUUCGUGGCUGCAUUGGGACCUUCUCAGCCAUGAAUCUUCAUUCAGGACUCAGGGAAUACACGUUAACCAGUGCACUUAAGGACAGUCGGUUCCCCCCCCUGACCCGAGAGGAGCUGCCUAAACUUUCCUGCUCUGUCUCCCUCCUUACUAACUUUGAGGAUGCCAGUGAUUACCUGGACUGGGAGGUGAGAACAGCUGCAUUUGGAACUCUGCGUUGCAUUUGGGUUCGGGUAGGGGUCCAUGGAAUACGAAUUGAAUUCAUCAAUGAAAAAGGUGUCAAACGUACAGCCACAUAUUUACCUGAGGUUGCUAAGGAGCAAGACUGGGAUCAGAUCCAGACAAUAGACUCCUUGCUCAGGAAAGGUGGCUUUAAGGCUCCAAUUACCAGUGAAUUCAGAAAAACGAUCAGACUCACCAGGUACCGAAGUGAGAAAGUGACAAUCAGUUAUGCAGAAUAUAUUGCUUCUCGACAGCACUGUUUCCAGAAUGGCACUCUUCAUGCCCCGCCCCUCUACAAUCAUUACUCCUGACACACGGCUGCAUGACCAGUCCCACCCCCCUGUGGCCACCAAUGGCUAUGACAUCAUUGGAGCAGACGCCUCCUCUUCCUGGUCCAGUUACUUCUAUUACUGCACCAUUUUAUGAUGCUAGCUUCCGUUGCCAAGUCUGCCUCCAGCUGACUCGGGGUUGGGGUGGGAGAACGGGAUUAUAUUGAAUGAAACAGAACUCGCGGGGCCCAAGCCUUAUUUCAGCCUUUCCUCAUUAUGGGGUUCCGUUGGAUUGGGGCUCCUCCAUGACUAGUGAGAAUUGCCUGUGGGUUCAGAAGGCCCUCGGCAUGCACGUGGCCACCUGCUUGCUGGCUACACGGUGGGAGCUGGAAGUCAUAACUCCUGAAGGCUGACCCCACUUGCACCCUUGUAGCCUCCCCAGAUCCAGUAGAUGUGUUUUCCCCUGGCAGUCUGGGCAAUGGAGACCAACAAGACACAUUUUUAGGUUGUUUUAAAUUCCUUUUUCUAAACGUCCAGUUCAUUGCAUACCAACAGAUGAUGACAACCUCCAUGCUUCAUAAGUGGACGCCAUGUUCGGGGUGGCCGUGGGCACCGUGAGUCUUGUGAGGCUCCUGGACAGACACCCACAUCCCGAUGGAAAGCCCCCAGAUGGUGUGGCAGGUCGCAUUCGAUGCUCAGCCAGCCUCCAAGGUUUGAUUCUAACCCUGCUGUCAGUUGGAUUUUCUGGCGCUCUUCUCGCAGGGAGUCUCCUGGUACUGCACAGGGAGCUCUGUGGUGGAACCUGCUGAGGAAUGAACUGGGACUCCUGCAGGAGGUCCUGACAUCCUUGCCGCGUGCAGCGUGAAAGGGGAGGCCUCCUUCUUACCACCCGGCUACCUCACUCCUCGCCUGGUAGCAGUGCCUAUAGCUGCAUAGGUUCACAGAAGACAUAGAUGUUCACACAAGCACCUGGGUCGGGCUGUAGAAAGACACAUUGUCACAGGAGAAAAUCCAGGUCUCCAAACUGUUUUUGUCUUUUCAGGCAAACAUCUUUAAGGGACUGAAAAGCAGAGGAGUUCCUUUUCCUAGUUUCCCUGUAGAAGUGAGAAGACAGUUGAUUCAGUCCUUUACAGGACUUAGAACAAAGCUGUGUAAUUAAACAAGGUGAAUCGUUAUCUUGCCUAAUAUGCUGGGAGUCUUCACCCCACCGGGACGGGGUUCCAAACAGCUCAUUUUAGUCUAGGUCAUUCCGUUUUCCUGUGGCAUACUUACUUCCCUUUCCCAUAGCUGCUGACUAAGUACCUGUCAGCAAGUUCCUCUUCCCUCUUGCCCAGCCUUCACCCGCUUGGUGCAGAGCUGAUGGCAGCUGGGACUUGGAAGGGGCUGUGGCAGCACUGUCACGGAGGCACUGCUGGAAGGGCCAGGAGGAGUGGCCGGUGGGAGGAGAGACCCUAAGGGUAACUGUCCAGCAGCGCACUUGGAGAACUCUUGAAGUGAUUGGAUGUCGACCUGGUGGACACAAUGUUGUUAUUUAAUUUAUUUUUAAAAGUUUAUGUGGUGAUGGUGUGGCUUUCCAGAAUGGGCAAAUAGUCAAGUCAAAAGACCUUUUGAGUUUUUUUCUGCCAGGAAUUGGGGAAGGGGGUGGACAGGGACACAGUCUAAGACACGACACAUGCUAUUAUAGGCAUAGCUGUCUCGUUUCUUGGAAGAGAGGAGUAAAGGUGGACCAGUUAGCUGGGCGUCAUCCCUUAGGCUAUGGCGCCUGCAGGGGCAAUGGGCUGACAUCGGAUGCCCAGGCUGGGCUGCAUUCUCACUUCCUGCCACUUUUCCUUGCAGAGGUAAUGAAAAAAGCUAUUGAAGAUGAAGGGAUUGUUUCAUGAUUUCCUGCUGCUGAGAAUAAUAAAUAUCUUGUUACAAACGUGACGACAGUUACUUUUAGGUGCCAUGGAUUGAUGUCAGGGUGGUCAGUUUGAGACUAAACCAUCCACCUUCAAUUUGUACAACAGUAUUGAUCUAUAGGGCUACACUUCAUUAUUGUUCAAGUGUUCUAUGUUAAAAGUUGUGUUUAAUUUCUAAAGAUUAAAAAAAAAGCAAAAAAAAUGGUGCUAAAAUUUUACCCCUGAGCACGCUCAGUGAAACUGGUCAUGCAAGCAUUUACAGUGCCAUGCUUUUCAAGCCUAUUGUUUCUCGUAGAAAUGCUGCCCUAUCUGUCUUCCCCAAUGUAUAGUGUGAUUUUUUAUUUUUUAUUUUAUCUUAUCAGGGGUGGGGUAGGAUACCUGCCGUUAAGAAAAUGAACAGAAAAAUUUGAACCCACACACCAGGGGGCUGGGCAUCUGCACAAGAACUGGCUGGUGAAGCCCAGCACCACACUGCAGGGGGCUUCCAGUCCCUGAGCUCCAUCCAGGCCCAGCAGCAGAGAUGCUCGGGGUUCUCUUGCUUGUCACAGGGACUCCAGAGUUGACCAAGGAAAGUUACGUGGCCCUGGAAAGAAUGGCACUAUCCGUGUCUGUCCUAAACGGGGCCUAGUCAGGAAGCAGUCUGGAAGUGCCCGGUCAUGGCCACCUCAUGAAGGUGUGGCAGGUGGCUCUCAGGAGAAACACUGAGUCUGGAUCAUCCGUGUGGCCGUUGUGCAGAGGGGAUGACAGCUCCCAACUAGGACUGAACUGCUCUCCCCACACUCCACCUGCGCAGUGAUGAGGGCGGCCAGUCCACGUGUGAGUGGUGGGAUUAAAGAGAAGGGAUGGUUUUGCUUGCUCCGUUUGUCCUUGGGCUGCUCAAGCUGAACCGUAGGUGACCACUGUUUUCAAGGAACCAACCCCACGUGGCUGGUUUGGUCAGAGCUUGUUUCAUCCCUAGCAGUGAGUGCCUUUUGGUCUGGAGAGUUAACUUGUCUCAUAACACCCACAGCUAGGACAUUCUCUCUGUAAUUAUGAAUUGUGUUUGUUUUACAUUAAAAGAGAAUGUCUCAUCACUAGAGUUUGUCGGUGUUGGAUUGUUCCCACUGUGAGGUUCUUAAACUUUUUUUGCUUCAUAAUUAAUAUUAAAGCAAUUCAUGUUAGAGAUCCUUUCAGUAUGAAAGGUUUGUAAUGGAGACAUAACAUUUUAUUGUUUAUAAUAAAAAUCAUCUAUACAGAAGUCCUAGGUGUUAAUAUUUGCACAAGAUCUGUUUUCCAUGUUAACACCUACAAUUUCACUAACUGUUGGUGUUAUUUUCUGUUGAGAUUCUGGAGCCUAGGGAGCUUGUGUGUUUUUUAUUAAUUUUCCUAUUUCCUUGAAGCAAGAGACUUUGUAUAGCCUUCAAGUGCAAGGACUUCAGACCAAUUCUUCGUAUUACACUUGGUUGGCUCUUGGCUAUAUAACUGCUGAGUGCAAAUCAUUGAACUCUUUAACGAAGUAUUGUAGAGAAUAAAUCAUUAUGGGUAAAAAC